AAGAAAAAGAAAAAGAAGCGGCUACUGUAUCUAUAGCACCGGAGAGAGUGGUCACCUCAGGUUCCCUCAUCCAUGCUCUGCAUCUUCCAUUGCGAUUCCGUUUCUGAGAGAAACUCAAAGGAAAGAAAGAAAGAAAGAAAAAGAGAGAGAACAACUGUGCUUCUCAUUCACAGUGCCCAUAUUCUCUAAACUAUUCCCAAGCACAGACCCUUUUCCAUUAGGAACAGGGUUCUGCUUUGAGAUCUUAAAUCUCAAAGAAGAACCAAACCAAAAUCAAAUCAAAAACCUUUCUGAUCUGUUCUGAAUUUUCAUGCACUGAGAGUCAAUCUCUCAAGAUGGGUAUCGUGUUUACGAAAAUGUUCUCUACUCUCUUCGGAAACAGAGAAGCUCGGAUCCUCGUUCUCGGCCUCGACAAUGCCGGAAAGACAACCAUCCUCUAUCGGCUUCAGAUGGGAGAGGUUGUGUCCACUAUUCCAACAAUUGGAUUUAAUGUGGAGACGGUCCAGUAUAAUAACAUCAAAUUCCAAGUAUGGGAUCUGGGUGGACAGACAAGUAUCAGGCCAUAUUGGAGAUGCUAUUUUCCAAAUACUCAAGCCAUAAUUUAUGUUGUUGAUUCAAGUGACACUGAUAGGCUGGUCAUAGCCAAAGAUGAGUUUCAUGCAAUUUUGGAGGAUCCCCCUCAAGGUAUGGACCAGUGGGACCACCCUGAGGGGCAAACCCCGGAUGCCUACACACCCUCAUUGAGCAGGCAUCGGGUAAAUCUCGAAAUGCCUUGGCUAGGAGUUGAACCAAAGAUUUCUCGAGGCACCCAGGAAGAAGAAUUAAGAGGUGCUGUUGUUCUCAUUUUUGCAAACAAGCAGGAUCUUCCUGGUGCACUUGAUGAUGCUGCUGUUACUGAGGCUUUAGAGUUGCACAAGAUAAAAAACCGCCAAUGGGCUAUUUUUAAAACUUCUGCUAUAAAGGGUGAAGGUCUCUUUGAGGGCUUGGACUGGUUGAGUAACACGCUCAAGUCUGGAGGUGGCUAACUCUCUCAGUUCCAGAAAAGAAUUAGAAGCUUGCUGCUGCAUGACCAGAACAGAACUAAGAAGGGGUGACAGCAUUCAAUUCGUAACGACUUCAUGGUAGAGAUUUUAUCGGUGCAGUUAUGUCACUUGAACUUUUCUGAUUAAUUUGGGAGUAAACGACUAGUAUACAUGUAAAAUUUAUCAUCAUAGAUAUAUGACAACUUGGCUCUUAUUAUUUGUUGUGUCACUUCUCUGUAUUUUCUAUGUUAAUCGCUUACAUUUUUUCUCUGAUUGCUUUCUGCUUCUGGGGCAAUUUUCAAAAUUUUCUUUCUAAUUGUGAUGUGGUAAUUUCUAUGUUGGCUGGGAUGCACAGUGACUUUAUUUGACUUAUUUCCGUACACUACUUCCUUUAUCACACUCCUUUUAAGGUCCCCUAAAUUACUUAUUGUAAUUCUUUGGUUUAUGUAAUUAAGCUUCUCUGGAUUGGUGGUU